CUAUAAGUAGCUAGCUAGGAUCCCUUGGUUUUGUAGGAAUUGAACUUCCGCAUUAUUAUACCUAACUCUUUCUUGGUAGAAUAUAAUCUAUCUCUCCGAUCCUGGGCUGGCUUAUAUAGUUAUAUUGCAUUGCUUCUCAACAAAUUAGUUUAAGAGCUAGAAAAAGAAAAAUUAAUGGAGAAAUAUCUACGAAUCGGGCCGGGUCAACCAUCCUCAAUUGUGGUGAUGCCAUUGGUUCACCUGCUGGCUGGGUUUGCCCCAUUUUAUUUCAGUUGGGAUUGUGUAGGGGUGUGGUUAGGGCUGUACGUCGUCACCGGCCUCGGAAUAACGCUCGGUUAUCACCGGAAUCUGUGUCACAAGAGUUUCAAGCUCCCCAAAUGGCUCGAGUACUUUUUUGCCUAUUGGGGCGCUCAAGCUCUUCAGGGGGAUCCGAUUGUUUGGGUGAGUACUCAUCGAUACCACCACAAAUAUACUGAUUCUAUAAAAGACCCUCACAGUCCCCUUGAAGGAUUUUGGUUUAGUCACAUGGGAUGGGUCUUUGAUGUUGAAUCCGAAAAAGAAAGGAGUGAAAGGGCAACAAAUGUAGCAGAUUUGGAGAAUCAACCCUUCUACAAGUUCCUCCAACAGACCUACAUUGUUCAUCCUGCUAUACUUGGAGCAUUGCUUUAUGCCAUCGGCGGAUUUCCUUAUGUUGUUUGGGGCCUGGGAGUAAGAUGUAUAUGGGGAUUUCACGUGACAUUUCUUGUGAAUUCUGCAUGUCAUGUAUGGGGAAAUCAACCUUGGAAAACCGGUGAUCUAUCUAGAAAUAAUUGGUUAGUGGCAUUGGUCACAUUUGGAGAAGGAUGGCAUAAUAAUCAUCAUGCCUUUGAGCAUUCAGCUAGACAUGGUCUAGAAUGGUGGCAGCUCGACACAGCUUGGUGCACCAUUUGGACACUCCAAAAAUUGGGUUUGGCUACUCAUGUCAAGUUGCCCACAGAUGCACAAAAGAAAAAGUUGACUUUGAACGGCAACCAAACAAUACCUUCAGUUGAUGGGAUUUCACGGGUUCUUAAAUAAAAGUCGACGUGAAACUCUAAAUUGUACCAAGUUCUCUACUAUCCUCGAUCCCCAUUUUAGUCUAGCUUCUAGCGUUGUAUUAGGCUCAUCACAAUAUAAAUAAAAAUACGUCAACGCCUUAACGAUUGCUGAUGAAGAAAAAAAUAUACGUGCUUAUUAUCAAGUAAUUCACAAAUUUCAAAC